CCGAUUAAGCGCGCAAUUAGCCAUGCUAAAAACAGUGGAGUACGCACUGCCAUGCCACGGCGAAAUGUGGUUCUGCUCUGCUGUUCGCAGAGCAGAGCGUUGAAGUGAAGGAAAAGAGGCGCGGCAGCACAGCACAGAGAGAGGCAGAGGCCGCAGGGGGAGGGAGAGGGGUAUUGGGAGGUCGAAAAAGGCUACUCGUACGCCACAGCACAGCCUGGGGCUCUGGGCUGGGCAGAGACCAGAGAGAGGGAGAGAGAGGAGGGAGAUGCCGUAUUGACAUUGCAACAAGCGACGAGAAGGGCGGCUUUGGCAGGCGGAGCAGAGGGAAAGAGGUGUAGAGAGAGAGUGUUUUUUGGGUGGAGUGCACUGCAGAGAGCAGAGCGAUCGAGAGAGCCAGAGGGGGGAGUUUAAUAAUAUCCCAUCACUCACACGCCACGGCAUCAUUGGCAUUGGCCUGCCCGCCUCCUCUUCCUCCUCCCCUGCUCGUCGCUCGCCGUCCCGAUUCCUCCGUCCUCGCUCCUCCAAAGCCCCGCUCUCUCCCUCCCUUAAUUGCCGCGCUCAAUCCCACUCACCAACCUUCCCCCGUCUUGGUUCGUUGGAGCAGCAGCAGCAGCAGCAGCGGUAGCCGCGCGGCACUUGCAAGCAAAGCUCCCGGUCCCGGCUGCUUGCUUGCUUUGCUUUGCUUUCUCGUGCCGCGGUGCGGCGGUCGGUGCAUGGGAGCACGGCUUUGUUGAGGAAAAGGAAGGAGAAAAGGCGCGCGCGCAGGAGCCCAGCCGCGCCCGGCCGGCCGAGGAGACAGAGGGGAGCAGGGAGGAUGAAGUUCAUGAAGCUGGGCUCCAAGCCCGAUGCCUUCCAGUCCGACGGCGCCGACGUCCGAUAUGUGGUCUCUGACCUUGCAACAGAUGUUGUGGUGCAUGUUGGCCAAGUAAAAUUUUACUUACACAAGUUUCCCCUCCUUUCCAAGAGCAGCAAGCUUCAAAGAUUAGUUCUUAAGGCCGCUGAGGAGGUGACUGAUGAGGUUCGCAUAGAUGACCUUCCUGGGGGAGCAAAAUCAUUUGAAAUAUGUGCCAAGUUCUGCUAUGGGAUGGUGGUCACCCUCAGUCCACACAAUGUUGUAGCAGCAAGAUGUGCAGCGGAGUAUCUUGAAAUGACUGAAGAUAUGGAAAAGGGGAACUUGAUAUUUAAAAUUGAGGUCUUCAUAAAUUCUAGCAUACUUCGUAGCUGGAAGGAUUCCAUCAUUGUUCUCCAGAGUACAAAGGCCCUAUUACCAUGGUCUGAAGAGCUGAAGGUCGUGGGUAGAUGUAUCGAUGCCAUCGCUUCGAAGACAUCUGUGGAUCCUGCCAAUGUAACCUGGUCAUACAGUCAUAAUAGCAAGAAAGGAGGAACUUGUGCUGAAAUAGUCGAGUCGGCAGGAAAACCAUCAAUAGCUCCCAAAGAUUGGUGGGUUGAGGACUUGUGUGAAUUGGAUGUUGACCUGUACAAGAGAGUCAUGGUUGCUGUUAAAUCCAAGGGGAGAAUGUCACCUGAAUUGAUAGGAGAGGCACUUAAAGCCUAUGCAGUUAGAUGGCUGCCGGACUCCUACGAUGCAUUGGUUGCCGAGGAUUACAUGAGAAGGAAUCAAUGUCUGGUCGAGACAAUAAUAUGGUUGUUGCCAUCUGAUAAGAGUUCAGGUUGUUCUUGCAGAUUUCUCUUGAAACUGUUGAAAGUGGCUAUACUAGUUGGAGGUGGGGAGCACGUGAAGGAAGAGCUUAUCAGAAGGAUCAGCUUCCAGUUGCACAAGGCUACUGUUAAGGAUCUCUUAUUACCUUCUACUUCACCUAAUGAUGGUACAUAUGAUGUUCGGUUGGUGCAUAAUCUUGUCCAGAGAUUUGUUGCAAGAACUGCGCUGUCUCAUAAUGGUGGUUUCAUUGAGAAGUCUGAUGAAAAGAUGAUUGAGCUCAACUUUGAGCAAGAAUCCACUUUGUCGGUAGGAGAGCUUGUUGAUGGCUACCUGUCUGAAGUAGCUUCAGAUCAAGACCUUUCAUUGUCUAUGUUUGUUGAACUAGCGACAGCCGUGCCAGAAGUGGCUAGGCCUGUUCAUGAUAACCUGUACUACGCAGUCGAUGCAUAUCUCAAGGAACACCCAGACAUAAAUAAAUCUGAGAAGAAGAAGAUUUGCAGCCUGGUGGAUGUCAAGAAGCUCAGCACAGAUGCAUCCAUGCACGCCACACAAAAUGACCGCCUGCCUCUCCGGUUGGUGGUUCAGGUCCUUUUCUUCCAGCAGCUGAGGGCUGGCUCAAGCAAAGAACUCGCCCUGAUUGACAAUGGAGAACAAGCUUGCACACGGCCUAUGGAGGAUCAAUGUGACCCCUGUGAAAGGCGGAUACCGAAACAUCCAAACUCACUAAAUAAGCAGGUGACAAGCCUGAGCGCGAGGGAGAGCCAGCACCACCGGAUCAGCGAGCACAGGGGCGGAAGGAACAGCUUUAAGGACCAGAUUGGGGGCAUCCUGCUGCAGUCGCGAUCCAGGAGGAUCUUUGACAAGCUGUGGAGCAGCAAGGGGCAGGGCGAGCAUGGCGGCAAAGGCUCAGAGACGUCUGGUAGCUCGCAGAGCCCACCGUUGUCAGCAAAGCCUGCAGAAGUGAAGCCCUCCCCUCUUCCCCCUCUUAGGAACAGGCGGUACUCUGUUUCUUAGAGGGUUUUUCCCCCUCCUAGUUUAGAGCUCUGGUUUAGGUUGUUGUACAGAAGGAAGGUAAUCAGCUGCUGCUCAUCCUCUUUUUGUAAGCAGGUCAAUCUGCUGUUCUCUAUGUGAUCAUCCAUGCUGUAGCUUUUACUGUAGUGGCAGAUCAAUCUGCUGUUCUCUAUGUGAUCCAUCCAUGCUGUAGCUUUUACUGUAGUGUAAUUUCAACUGGGAGCAAAUCCAGGGCCUGCGUUCUUGAAAAUGUUUCUGUGGCAAAGGUAAAAGGAAAAAUCAACACCUUGUAUCA